UCUGCACAACAUUUUGAAUAACAAAACUUCAACAAAACCCCUCUUUUUCUUUUCUCUCUGUACACAUAAAGUUUACUUUUUUUCUUUUUUCCACACACAACACACACAAGACUUGCUAAACAUGGCUUCUCGCACUGCUGUCCGCGCUCUUGCUCGCUCUGCCUCUUCGGCCGUCCGCACUCCCCUUGCCUCCCGCAUCCUGGGCGCUGCCCCUCGUUUCGCUUCCCGCGCCGCUGCUCCCGCUGUCUCGAUCUCGGGCUUCCAGCAGACCCGUGGUGUCAAGACCCUGAACUUUGGCGGCAGCGAAGAGAAGGUCUACGAACGCUCCGACUGGCCCAAGGACAAGCUCCUUGACUACUUCAAGAACGACACCAUCGCCGUCCUCGGCUACGGUCCUCAGGGCCACGGCCAGGGCCUCAACCUCCGUGACAACGGCCUGAAUGUCAUUGUCGGUGUUCGCAAGGGUGGCCGCUCAUGGGAGAAGGCCGUCGCCGAGGGUUGGGUUCCCGGCAAGAACCUCUUCACUAUUGAGGAGGCCGCCGACAAGGGUAACAUUGUCUUCAACCUGCUUUCUGAUGCCGCCCAGCGCGACCUGUGGCCCACUGUCAAGCCCUUCAUCACCCCUGGCAAGACUCUGUACUUCAGCCACGGCUUUGCCAUCACAUACAAGGACCAGACUCACGUCACCGCCCCCGAGGGCGUUGACGUUGUCCUGUGCGCCCCCAAGGGCUCUGGCGCCACCCUGCGCACCCUCUUCCUCGAGGGCAAGGGCCUGAACUCCUCGAUCGCCGUCUUCCAGGACGUCUCCGGCCAUGCCCACGAGCGCGUCGUUGCCCUUGGUGUUGCCAUCGGCUCCGGCUACCUGUACGAGACUACUUUCGAGAAGGAGGUCAACUCCGAUCUCUUCGGUGAGCGCGGUGUCCUCAUGGGUGCCAUCAACGGCCUGUUCCGUGCCCAGUACGACGUGCUGCGCGCUGCCGGUCACUCUCCCUCGGAGGCUUUCAACGAGACCGUCGAGGAGGCCACCCAGUCGCUGAUCCCCCUGAUCGGCGCCAAGGGCAUGGACUGGAUGUACGCUAACUGCUCGGUUACCGCCCAGCGCGGUGCCCUUGACUGGCACCAGAAGUUCUACGACGCCUCCCUCCCCGUUUUCAAGGACCUGUACGAGUCCGUCCGUAACGGCUCCGAGUGCAAGCGCGCUCUGGAUAAGAACUCCCAGGCUGACUACCGUGAGUCCCUCGAGGUUGAGCUCAAGGAAAUCCGCGAGUCCGAGAUCUGGCGCGCCGGUGAGACUGUCCGCAGCCUCCGCCCCGAGAACAACAAGUAAAUAAGUUCUCUCUUGUGAGGACCUUGCUUUAAAAAUAUCGAACUUGCGCCGUUUCUCAGUUUAAAUUUUCUUUCACGUGUUUUCAGUAUUUUCUAUUUUCUAUUUACAUUUUUUCCAUAAAUCAUUUUUGUUUAUUUUUA